AUGAAGUACGUCUUGGUCUCUGGUGGUGUCAUCUCCGGUGUUGGCAAGGGCAUUAUCGCCUCCAGCACUGGUCUGCUCCUCAAGACCACCGGUCUCACCGUCACCAGCAUUAAGAUUGAUCCCUACAUCAACAUCGAUGCGGGUACCAUGUCGCCAAUUGAGCACGGUGAGGUCUACGUGACGGACGAUGGCGGCGAAAUGGAUCUCGAUCUUGGCAAUUAUGAGCGAUACCUCCUCACUACCCUUACUCGGGACCACAACAUCACCACAGGCAAGAUCUAUAAGUCAGUUAUCGAGCGUGAGCGUAUCGGCCACUACCUCGGCAAGACCGUUCAGGUUGUUCCCCACAUCACCAACGCUAUCCAGGAAUGGAUUGAGCGCGUUGCCAAGAUCCCCGUUGACGAAUCUGGCGCCGAGCCCGACGUGUGUAUCAUUGAGUUGGGUGGAACCGUUGGAGAUAUUGAGAGCGCGCCUUUCAUUCACGCUAUCAGCCAGCUACAGCGACGCGCUGGCAAGGGCAACUUCGUUCAGAUCCACGUCUCCUACGUGCCUGUGAUCCAUGGUGAGCAGAAGACCAAGCCCACCCAACGUGCCAUCAGCGACGUUCGAAGCGCUGGUCUCAAUCCAGACCUGAUUGCGUGUCGCUGCGAGCGCCCGCUCGAGGAUGGGACCAUUCAGAAGAUUGCGAACAUGUGCUCCAUGGACCCCGAGCAAGUUAUCGCAGUCCACGAUGUCGCAACUACGUACCACGUGCCUAUCCUACUUGAGAAGCAGAAGCUCAUCAAGACCAUUGGCGAACACCUCGGUCUCGCAUCUGUUCAAAGACCCGCCAAGCUGAUCGAGCAAGGUAGUCGCAUGUGGAAGGACUGGGUCGAGCUUGCCCGUGGCCAGGAUCACCUUCACGAUACUGUCUCAAUUGCGCUGGUUGGCAAGUACACUGCUCUCAAGGAUGCUUACAUCAGUGUGUCCAAGGCACUCGAGCACGCUUCAAUGUACUGCCACAAGAAGGUCGAGGUCAUCUGGGUCGACUCAUCCCAUCUCGAGGACGAGGUUCUGCAGUCUAACCCGGCCGACUUCCACAAGGCCUGGCACGCCAUUUGUACCGCAGCUGGUGUUCUCGUCCCUGGUGCCUUCGGUACCAGAGCUACCACCGGUAUGAUCAAGGCUAUCGAGUGGGCCCGUACCAAGAAGGUCCCCUUCCUGGGUGUUUGCCUCGGCAUGCAGCUUGCCGUCAUUGAAUAUGCUCGUAACGUGGCUGGUAUCAAGGAUGCUGGAAGCGAGGAGUUGCACCCCCACGCGGAGAAUCACGCUAUUAUCUACAUGCCUGAGGUCAACAAGGAUCAAAUGGGCGGCACUAUGCGUCUGGGAAAGCACCUCUCCAUCUUCCAAAGGGGCACCGAGUGGUCCCGCCUUCGGGCGCUGUACGGUCCCAACGUCUCCCAAAUCUCCGAGCGCCACCGUCACCGCUACGAGGUUAACCCCGAGAUGGUCGAAGACCUCGAGAAGGCCGGUCUGUCCUUCAUCGGAAAGGACGAGAAGGGCGAGCGUAUGGAGAUCAUUGAGAUCAAGGAUCACCCCUGGUUCGUGGGUGUGCAGUUCCACCCCGAAUACCUAAGUCGUGUCUUAGCUCCCAGCAAGGCAUUCCUUGGUUUCUUCGCUGCGGCUGCGGGCUCCUUAGAUGAGGUUACGAAGGCUGUUGUUGAGGGUCAGCGUAGUGUUUUAUUGAUGAACUAG